AUGUCUUGGCCAAAAACCCUCGAAGAGUUCAACAGUCAAAAUCAAGUUAGUUUCCGGGAAGCAAAUUUUGGCGGAGGACCUCACCUCCCGACGAAAAUAAACAAUAAACAAGGUUCAUUCGCGAAAAAACAUGGCGGGGUAAAUACACCCAAAAAAAGUACAUUCAGUGCAUGGCUACCUCAAGUUGUAUCCACUUCUUCUAACCCAUUAUCAGCUAGUAAUUGGAAUCAACGCCAAAACAGUACUCCAGGUGCUCGAACUUCAACAAAUCAGUCUAAAACAUCGUUUGACUACCCAAUGUCACGUAGUGAGUUUAAUACCCACGAUAGUUUAGUUAAUCCAUAUACGUCAUUGGGGGGAACCUCUGCUCACGAACAGCAAUCCUAUGGCAAUCCAACGUCGAUGGGAUUGUUUAAUCAACACAAACGCAGUUCAAGCUGGAACCAUUAA